AUGGACCCGUGCCCGUUGGUGUGGGUGCUGGUCGGCAACCUGGCGCUCAAGAUGUCGGCGUUCCCGCGCGGCGGCUCCGGCUCCGGCGCGGGCACCGCCACGGCCCCGCUGCCGUCCGCCGAGGAGGGCCCCGCCUCCUGCACGGGCGCCUUCGCCGCGGCGUUCCACGUCUCCAAGGCCGACCUCGACCGGGCCACCGCCAAGCCCGCGCUCUUCGGGCCCUGCCGCAACUCGCGCCUCAAGGUGGCUGUGUACGCGGGCCGGAGGGGCGCCACGUGCGGCGGGGCUAGCUCGAGGAGGCUGCUCGGGAAGGUGGUCGUCCCGCUCGACCUCCGCGCCGCCGUCGCCAAGCCGUCGUGUUCCACGGCGGCUGGGUCACCAUCGCACCACCGCCGGCUGACCACGUUCCUUAGCGCCCCGCUCCACCUUCGCCGCCCGUGCUCCCCGGCUUCCCGCCACCCCAAACCGUCCUCUUCCAACCCGACCCUCAUCGCCCUCCCACUCGGGCUGCUUGCUCGCCGCGCCUGCGCCCACUCGCCUCUAAGGCACGUCGCGUCACCGCCGGAGGAGGAAAGGCCCGGCGAGGGGGAGUGCGGCGAGGAGGAUGAGGACCUGGGCCCCGCUUCGGCGGCGGCAGUGGCGGCCGCCAUCCGCCGGGCUUCGAACGCGUCGCCCGUGCGGUUCAGGCGCAUGCGGCUUGGGGAGGCGGGGGAGGUGCCGCGCGGCGAGGACGGCGGCAUGGCGGCACCGAGCGCGGACUUCCGACGGCUCUGCGCGGAGCAGCUCGAGAUGUUCCGAGUAGUCGUGUCACGCGAUGCUGUACUCUCUGUAUAUGUGAGACCUGCCGGCAGUUAUAUUAUGGAUCAGUAGCUGGAACUACGCCGAGUUGCUUUAUAUCCUGAAAUUAAUAAUGUUCCUGAAAGAGAUACCGUUGUCCUAGUUGGUAAUUUUUCUAUAUCAGCUGGACUAAGAGCGGCAGAAGCUUUUCUAGUAAAACAGCAGAUGGAAGUCAUAACAGACUUUGGAGCUAUAGUUCUUCCGAUGGUGAAACAUCCCUUAGUUGUUGGCUUCCUUGUUGCAGAGCUUCCAGAACUACAUGGUGGGGGUGCCAUUAAUUCUCAUACUGUUGAUAUUCAGUUACCAUCAAGUGCAUUCACGGAGAAGUCACCUGAGAUAACUGCACAUACUAAAUUUAAUGCAUGGGAUGUUCAAACUUCUGGUGAUCAGUCAAAUAAUUAUUGUCAGCUUGUUAAUAAAUGGAAGAAUACCGCUCUUAUGAUUUCUCGAACUUUGGCAAUGGCUUAUGUUAUGGAUCAGGUACUUUAUUCAUUUUUGUCAGAUAAUAUUUAACCAUUACCACUAGUGAUACUACCGUGAGCAGUCAGCUGAACUGAGGUUCUAUUUUGUAGAAUAAUAGAAUUGGUGUAAUGGAUUGAUUGUAUUGCAUUGAGGUCUA